ACUUCGCAUUCGUUCAGAUGCGGUAAAUGCUGACAUUUGAGCCCCGAGAGAAAACUGAAAACACAGAACCACAGAUAUUGUUGCUCGUCGUCAUAAACUAUGGAGACUUACGUUAAAUUAAACACCAAUGCAGCUAUGCCUGUCGUGGGCCUGGGAACAUGGAGGGCCUCUCCUGGACUGGCGUCUGAAGCAGUGAAAGUAGCCAUUGAGACUGGGUACCGUCACAUUGAUGGGGCCUUUAUCUACCAGAAUGAGGCUGAGGUUGGGGAUGCCAUCUGUGCCAUGAUAAAGAAAGGGGUGGUGAAAAGGGAAGACCUCUUCAUUGUCAGUAAGCUGUGGUGCACCUUCCAUGAAAAGUCCAUGGUGAAGGCUGCCUGUCAGAAGACCCUGAAUGACCUGAAGUUGGACUACCUGGACCUUUACCUCAUACACUGCCCCAUCGGCUUAAAGGCUGGAGAUGACCUGUUUCCUCAGGAUGAGAAUGAAAAAAUGCUAUGUGACGACACCAACUUUUUAGACACCUGGGAGGGUAUGGAAGAGCUGGUAGAUGCAGGGAUGGUCAAAGCCAUUGGAGUCUCGAACUUCAACCAUGAACAGAUUGAGGCCAUACUGAACAAACCAGGCCUCAAAUACAAGCCUGCCAAUAACCAGAUUGAGUGCCACCCUUUCCUGACCCAGGAGAAGCUGAUCAGCUACUGUCACUCCAAAGGCAUCGCUGUGACAGCGUACAGCCCCCUGGGCUCCCCGGACAGACCUUUUGCAGUUGCUGGAGAGCCAUCUCUGCUGGAGGACCCAAAGAUCAAGGCCAUAGCUGACAAGUACAGGAGGACCACAGCACAGGUCCUGAUCCGGUUCCAUGUCCAGAGGAACGUGGUCGUUAUUCCCAAGUCUGCCACGCCUCACCGCAUUAAGGAGAACUUCCAGAUCUUUGACUUUGAGCUUAGCGAGGAAGACAUGGCUACUCUAAUGAGCUUCAACAGAAACUGGAGAGCCUUUACCAUCAGCUGGGGGAUAGACCAUAAAGACUACCCAUUCAAAGCUGAGUACUGAGCUCUCUGUCUGCCACUUAAGGAGGACGGAUCCAUACCACUGUGCUGAUCUCACUGCCAUCUCCACUCUGCAUCAGUGCUUGAUUCACAUAGAGUCGAGUGUACUGGAAUGAUUACUUCAAACUGUUCAAAAGCUGGCUAAACUUUGUUUCCACCAACACAUUUUAGCGUUUACAUUUACAUUUAUAUUUACAUUUAUUUACUCAUAUCCCAUGCAUGAAUAUGUGACGGGUGCUGGAGGAAAGGUCCGCAAGUCGCAAAUCUUGAAAUCGUGCUAGGAGGCAAAAAAGGUUUUU